UGAUGUGCUUUUAUCCUGCUCUCGCGGCAGUGGUGGCUGCCUAUUGCAAGAGUAUCCAUCAAUAUUGUAUGAUUAAAUGCCCGCUAGCGAGCAAAUCCAGCUUCCUCAUACAUUUUUGGAGACCGAGACAAUUUUGAUGUAACAUUCGUGUCUUGCCCUGUCGACCGAUCCAGCUCAGAGCCUGAGUAUGAAGAUGUCGUUCCUGGGAUUUUGCAUCAUAUACAUUUGGGGCAAGAACUGCCGAGGCAGGAUGGGGCAUGGCUCGCGAUGAAUGUAUCAGGUUACACCCUGGCUCGAUGAAUUUUCUAUGGAACGAUUCUAGUGCGAUGCAUUUUAUUCAAGAGAACUUUCCUCACCUUGGCGAUUUGUGGGGCAGCCAUCCAUAUCCUAUCCAGAGGGUUGACGCAUUACGAUACACGGUGCUUCAGAUAAUGGAGGUUAAUCAAUGUCACCGUUCCACCCAUACACAGUUUUUAUGCAAGCGAAACCUGGGUUAUUUGGCUUCGUUGCCGCUGUUGCUCAUCCGACUGGUUUCUCCGUUGGAUUCAUGAUGACCAGCCCAAAAAAUCCUCUACUUAGUGCUCUAGUCGAUAGUUUGCGUGAUUACAACCACGCUUGGCCUCUACUGCCCUAUACAAAGUCAUGUUCAAUUCUGGCUGUCAUUAU